AAGGAACAAUUAUUACUCGCCUUAAACUCAAUUUUUCUAAUCUUCAUUUUUUGCCUGAUUUAACAGAUCUUUGAUAUGUCAAGUUAGAAAUUGUGCCUGAAAAAAUAGGUAUAUCUUGAAAUAUGAAAAGUUUACACCGGCAGGCUGUAAAGAUAUAUUAAUUAGACAAUUCAAUUUGUUUGAAAAUAAAAUGUAUUUUUACACGAAAUUAAACCGAAUAGAGGGGAGAAAGAUCACGCAACCUGAAGGUCAAUACAGAAAACUCCUUCUGAGCUCAUGAUUUAAAAAAUUCGGGAAAUCAUGGCUUGGGUCCAAGCUGUUGUUGGGCCUUAUUUACAUCUUGAGCUUUCGGAUUCAAACUGCAUCUUAUUUUCCACAGAGUUGAUUUCAAAAAACCGGUUUAAUAUACUAUUUGACGGAUUUUCAUGUUUGGAAUCGAGCCGAAAAUCUUGCAGCUGUCAAUCACGUGACACAAGCUGUCGUCAGAGUUACUUUGUUGCAAUACAUUGGUUUUGCAGGAUUUUGAAAUCGGAGCCUCGAUUCUAACCAAAGUUUUAACAAUUUGACCUGGUUUUAACAUGUUGACCUGCCCCAGUGAAUUAGUUGGAGCCAGGUACAGAGGUCUUUACGGGAUAACCGUCAUGGGAGCUUAUCCAAUAGGAAUAAUGCUGAUGACCGGACUAGCUGUAAUCAUUCAGGAUUGGCGAUCGUUUACAAUUAUGGUAUCUAUCAUAGGGUGUUCCUUCCUCGGUGUCAAUUGGUAUUUAGUUGAAAGUCCUAGAUGGCUUGUCAAUGUUAAUAGGUUAAAAGAAGCUCAAACUGUUCUUGAAGUAAUCAGAAAAGGGAAUGGUACAAGCACUAAUUUAAUCAGUUCACUCAAACAAAGUAGUGUAGUUGGUCUGCCUCGUGAGCGAAUUUGGAAUCUGGUGGGCAGGAAGAGGUUGACCUGCCUCCUCUAUAUUCUCUGCUAUAUCUGGUUUGUCAAUGGUGCAACAUAUUACGGGUUAACACUAGCAUCUGGGGAUAUAGGAACUGAUCUGUAUACUGGAAUGGUACUGGGGGGCCUCGCUGAGCUUCCAGCCCUUGUCCUCUGCUACAUCUUCUUCCUGAGGCUGGGGCGGAGGCUAGGGUUGGCCUUGUUCAUGUUCUUCAGUGGGUUGUCUUGUAUUCUAAUUCAAGCGGUGGCAGGCACAUCCGCAGAAUAUCUAGAAAUUCAGGUUAUAUUCAACACCAGUAUCAGAAAUUCAGAAAAUAUUCAACACCGGUAUCAGAAAUUCAGGUAA